CUUUAGCUCAGUUUAUUCUCAAGUGAAAUAAUUAACUUUAUUUAAAUUACUUUGACAGCGCUGCGAAAUGAAAUCCUGCAUUGUUGUGAUACUUGUAACGUAUUUAAUCUUCGGUGCAGUGGGUCAGAGAAAAAGGCAAAUGCGGGCUUCCAAAAAAGUAACUUCUUGCAGUGCCUUGCGUACGAAAAUACCCUCUUUAGUGUCCACUAACCAGGCAUUGCGGAGCCAACUUUUGAAGUGCAAACAGAAACUGUGGUGUCCCCGUGAAGGGCCAGACGGCGUUUACAAUAUCACCAUUGGUCCAAUAAACGCAUCGAAAGAGAUCAAAGCUCCUUGUAAAUCGUGUGGUUGGAUGUUAAUUCAGAAGCGUUUUGAUGGCUCCACAGAUUUCAACAGAAGCUGGACGGAGUACAAAAAUGGCUUUGGUGAUAUUGGAGGAGAAUUUUUUAUCGGGCUCGAAAAAUUGCACCUCAUUACGGAUGCAAAACAAUGUGAACUUUUCAUUGCGGUUCGAGGGGCAAAAGGUCCUGGUGGCCACGCUAGAUAUGAUAAUUUUAAAGUUGGAAGUGAGAAAGAGGCAUACGCGCUCAAGACUAUAGGAAACUAUUCUGGCACUGCGGGUGACGCCCUGAUAUAUCAUGAAAAAAUGAAGUUUACCACAUAUGACAGACAUAAUGACUUUUCUAAGGGAAACUGCGCCAUCUCACAUAACAGUGGUUGGUGGUUUAAGCAAUGUAGCACAAGUUCCCUCAAUGCAAAAUGGUAUAAAGACGGAAUAAAACUCGAAGAUGGUUUGUAUGGGAUUGGUUGGGGUACCUUGACCAAAAAUGUCCCUGGAUCUUCCCAUCCAAUUAUCUUUUGUGAAAUGAUGAUUAAGCCAAAAUCGUGCAGAUCGGCUGAUAAACAAUGAGGUCGUGAUAAUACACAAAUAAAUAAAUGAGAAGAUGUUCACAUAAAA